AACAUAUCAAUACAUAACCUACAAGUUUAUGUAAAAGCUGGGUUUUUAGGAAUAAAUAGUGUAUUAUUAAACGAAUCAAAUGAUUACAACGUCAAUAAAGUUGCUUAGGACUGAAAAUUUCGAUUAUGUUUAGGAGCGUCUUCAUUCCAACCAACAAUAAUUUAAAGACAGCCCAAAGUGUUUUUAGGUUAAGACAGAACUUGAACCAAAAUUCGAUCAGAAAAUCAAGUCGCAACGCAAACGACGCCAAGAAACAGAACAUCAGAUCAACUUUGUAUUAUGUAACAGCUGCAGGGGUGGCCACCAUUGGAUUGAGCUAUGCCGCUGUGCCCCUCUACAGGAUGUUCUGCCAAGCAUACAGCUAUGGUGGCACGGUAUCAGAGGGCCACGACGCCAGCAAAGUAGAAUCUAUGAAAACCGUUAAACAAAAACCGUUGAAAAUAAAAUUCAACGCCGACACCGCUGCCAGUAUGCGAUGGAAUUUCAGGCCGCAACAAACCGAGCUCACAGUUUAUCCUGGCGAGACAGCACUGGCAUUCUAUACGGCGAAAAAUCCGUCUGAUGUGCCUGUCAUCGGAAUAAGCACCUACAAUGUAGUUCCAUUCGAAGCGGGGCAGUAUUUCAAUAAAAUCCAGUGUUUUUGUUUUGAGGAACAGAUGUUGAAUCCCCACGAGCAAGUAGACAUGCCAGUGUUUUUUUAUAUUGAUCCAGAGAUUACAGAGGAUCCGUAUAUGGAGUAUGUAAAUGAGAUUACAUUGUCUUAUACGUUUUUCGAAGCAAAGGAAGGGCUCCAGUUACCUUCCCCUUUCACCAAAUAGUUAAUGUAAUUAGGAACAAAAUAUUCUUUGGGCAUCAGUAGUUGUUUUACAUGUUUUAUUACAAAUAGCUUUUUCAAUAUAGACAAAUUUGUACUUAUUUUUUCCCAAAGGUAAUUGUUUCCCAAAUUUCAAGAUACUUUUUUCCACCCACUUGAAAUGGAAGCACCUUUACCAAAAAUAUAUUUUUCAACCGUUU